UAUCUAUAUAUCUCUUCCUUUACUUUUUAUCUUUCUUCCUACAUCUGGGGUUGAUUAAAAAUUGAGUCUUGAAAACAAGAUUCUGGCCCAGAAAGUGAGGGGAAAUUUUGGGUCUUUCAAGAUUUUUCUUGAACAUACAAGGUAGCUGAUAACUGAUAAGGAGGAUCAGGAAACAUGAAGCACAAAGAUGGAAAACCACAUCAAUCGGAUAAAAGUUCAUGGAAAGUCCCAGUGGCAUUAACAGUUGUGGUGCUGUGUGGGCUUUCUUUCUACCUUGGAGGUAUUUUUUGCUCUGAAAGGGAGAGAUAUGUAGCUGAGGCUGUUAACAAGGCUGUUAACACUCCCACGGGAACUGCUACUGUACCUGGCCAGAUCAAAGCCGUUUCGUUUCCUGAAUGCAGUGCUGAGUAUCAGGACUAUACUCCAUGCACAGAUCCAAAGAGAUGGCACAAGUAUGGUCGCCAUCGUCUUGCUUUCUUGGAACGGCAUUGCCCUCCUAGUUUUGAAAGACAGGAAUGCUUGGUACCCCCACCAGAUGGCUAUAAAUCGCCUAUUAGAUGGCCAAAGAGCAAAAAUGAGUGUUGGUACAGGAAUGUUCCAUAUGAUUGGAUUAACAAACAAAAGUCCAAUCAACAUUGGCUUAAAAAAGAAGGGGAGAAGUUUCUCUUUCCUGGUGGUGGUACAAUGUUUCCUAAUGGAGUUGGUGCCUAUGUUGAUUUGAUGCAAGAUUUGAUUCCGCAAAUGAAAGAUGGGACAAUCCGAACUGCCAUUGAUACUGGAUGUGGGGUAGCAAGCUGGGGAGGUGAUUUACUGGAUCGUGGAAUUUUGACGGUCUCUCUUGCCCCAAGGGACAAUCACCAGGCUCAGGUUCAGUUUGCUCUGGAACGUGGAAUUCCUGCAAUUCUGGGCAUCAUUUCUACUCAGCGUCUUCCUUUCCCUUCAAACUCUUUUGAUAUGGCUCAUUGUUCAAGAUGCCUAAUUCCAUGGACCGAGUUCGGUGGAGUUUACCUUCUUGAGGUACAUCGCAUACUCCGACCUGGCGGUUUUUGGGUCCUCUCUGGUCCUCCAGUGAACUAUCAACGUCGUUGGAGAGGAUGGAAUACCACUAUUGAGGAGCAAAAAUCAGAUUACGAUAAGUUGCAAGAACUACUAACUUCAAUGUGCUUCAAAUUAUUCAAUAAGAAGGACGACAUUGCUGUGUGGCAGAAGUUGUCUGACAAUAGCUGCUAUAAGAAGCUUGAUAAUCCUGAAAACUAUCCAUCAAAAUGUGAUGAUGGUACUGAACCUGAUUCAGCGUGGUACACCCCUCUUCGUCCUUGUGUAGUUGUGCCAAAUCCAGCUGCUAAGAAAGUCAAGUUGGAGGCCCUCCCCAAGUGGCCAGAAAGAUUGCACGCUGCUCCUGAACGCGUUUCUGAUGUUCGUGGAGGUAAUGCGGGUUCCUUCAAGCAUGAUGAUGGUAAAUGGAAGGCUCGGGCGAAACACUACAAGAAGUUGCUCCCUGCACUUGGGACUGACAAGAUCAGAAAUGUAAUGGACAUGAACACCUUGUAUGGAGGUUUCGCUGCUGCUGUGGUCGAUGAUCCGUUGUGGGUCAUGAAUGUGGUUUCAUCUUAUGCACCGAAUACACUUUCUGUGGUCUACGAUAGGGGUCUUAUUGGAACAAUUCAUGACUGGUGUGAGGCUUUCUCAACAUACCCUCGGACAUACGAUCUUCUGCAUCUUGAUGGCCUCUUCUCUGCCGAAAGUCACAGAUGUGAAAUGAAAUAUGUUCUGCUGGAAAUGGAUCGUAUUUUACGGCCCAAUGGAUAUGCUAUAAUCCGAGAAUCCAGCUAUUUCGUAGACGCUAUAGCUACUAUGGUUAAGGGAAUGAGAUGGAGCUGUCGUAAGGAAGAAACGGAAUACGGCGUAGAGAAGGAGAAGAUAUUGAUUUGCCAGAAGAAGUUAUGGUAUUCAAAGCAAAAUUCAUGAAGAACUUUGAACAUCAUACCAUAAAACACAAUUGCUGAUAAUGGAGAGAAAAAGUUAUAUAUUUAAGAUUGGCAUCAUAGGAGAUAAGUAAGUCCACACAGCUCAUAUAUUAUAUAUAUAUUUUGUUCAACAAAUCAUUGGAAAUUGAGAUUUUGAAUUGAAGAAUCAAUAGCCAAAAAUUAACCAUAUGCUAAUAUUAUGAUGGCUUGUUCAUGCAAUUUAUUCUUUGCAAGGCCCAAAGCUUUUACUUUGUGCACCAGCUGGCCCUCGGAGAUUUCUCGAUUAUAAAAAACGGAGCGUUGUACUCUUUAGUUGUAUUCUAUUUUUAUUUUUUUGGGGAAAAACAUCACAGCUCCUUAUGUACCUAGAUAGAUUUGUUCAUUUUGAAGACUUCUUGGAUGUAAUAAUUAAAGCUCAAUUUUUGUUGUCAAAGUGCUUCUAUCUAGCUCAUUAAAAGUAGUAGUAUCUUACAAGUUA